AGAUCUGAAAUUUUAGCUUUUUCUCUCUCGUAAUGCCUGGAAUUCAACUGUGAUUGGAUGAAUUGAUCCGAGGCUGUAGAUGAUGGCUUAUUCUCCAAAAUGUGUGCUUUUGGAUGAUCGUAAUUACAAUAUUUCUUUUUUGUAGUUUCAACAACAAUAAUUACACGUCAUUCCGAGCUUGCUGGGGUUGGCUAUGUGAGUCAUGUCGCUCCAUUUAUAUACCCCUACUAGUGCAAUAGGAGUAUCUAACAAUGCAGAUUUAUUGUAGAAUUUAUCUACAGCUGACAAGAUUUUAGAAUUCCUAGUGUAUAUUAGAACCCAAGUAGCCUCCAGGAUGCUAUAGAGGGAACUUUUAUAUCUGUGAAGUGAAAUGACAGUGGAGAAAGAGGUGAUCGUAAAGAGUCAUCUUAGCACAUCAAGGGGGGGAGGGAGGUGCAGAACUGUGAUAUUGGGGAAAUUAGGAGCAGAGACGGUCCAUUUACAGUUAACAAUAUUCCAGCCUAAAUCAGACCAACAUGUAUUGAAGAUUCAAUCUGCACUGCAGCAAUAUAGAAGAAGAUAUUGGCCCAUUGAUGGUGAAGAGCCCGUAUGAUGUAUGAUUGGCCAAUGAAUAUGGAGAACUAAAGCACCCACAAAAGUGGCAUAUUUUAGUUAGCUGAGAAUUUUAGGAACAUGCUCAACACAUGAUAAUUCGUGCAAAAGAGUAAUGUCUUUCAGCUGUUAACAAGGAGGGAGGUAGCUCCUCGAACUAAACGCGCUUCCAGAAAGUUUUGGGGUGAGAAUACAAAAUGUACUCUUGACUCCUAUGGGUUGAAACGCGGAGUGGGAAGUGAUGCUAGACAAGGACUAAUAUCGUGGGUAGAGGCAGAGUCAUUGCAACAUUUAUCAGCUAAAUAUUGCUCACUGUUGCCUCCUCCGAGGUCUACCAUUGCAGCAGCAUUCAGUCCUGAUGGGAGGACACUUGCUUCUACGCAGUCAGUCUCUCUUCGAUUACAUAGACAUUGGAGAUCACACAGUGAAAAUAAUUGACUGUCAAACUGGGAAAUGCUUAAAGGUUAUGAGUGGACACCGCAGGACACCUUGGGUGGUUCGUUUCCAUCCGUUGUACCCUGAAAUACUUGCAAGUGGAAGUUUGGACCACGAAGUUCGUCUGUGGGAUGCAAAAACUGCAGAGUGUAUAGGAUCGCGUGAUUUUUAUCGUCCCAUUGCAUCCAUUGCAUUCCAUGCCCAGGGGGAAGUUCUGGCUGUUGCUUCAGGCCACAAGCUUUACAUAUGGCACUAUAACAGAAGAGGAGAGGCUUCUUCACCAUCAAUUAUACUGAAGACACGGCGGUCUCUUCGUGCUGUCCAUUUCCACCCACAUGGUGCCCCAUUUCUUUUAACAGCUGAGGUCAACGAUCUGGACUCAUCAGAUUCCUCAAUGACUCGUGCGACCUCUCCGGGUAACUUGCAGUAUCCUCCUCCUACUGUGUAUUUGACUGAUGCUUAUUCCACUUAUCAAUCUGCUUCAGCAAAUGAACUGCCUAUCAUGUCUCUACCAUUCCUGAUCUGGCCGUCAAUUGCAAGAGGUGAUCCUAGAAUACCCAUGCAGCAGAGUGAUAUAGAUGUGGGAUCUGAUAAUAUACAGCAGAGAUCAGACACAUUGUCAUCUGUCCGUCUUCUUACAUAUUCAACUCCGUCCGUCCAGUAUGAACUUUUAUUGUCGCCUAUUGAGCAAAGUGCAUCUCCUACACAAGAAGCUCAUACUAGUUCUUCUGUCAGGGAAAACGAAACUGGUACUCAACUUUUAGUUGAUCCCAUGGAGACUGAUGGGCAGCCAGAAGAGAGAAACAAUCAGUUUUUCCCUUUUAGUGACCCGGCAUACUGGGAAUUGCCUUUUUUGCAAGGAUGGUUGAUUGGUCGAAGCCAAGCUGUUCAACAAACAACUCGUUCAGAUCUUGGUGGUGCUACCAUCAAUCCAUCAACUUAUGGUGAACUGGAAAAUCCUUCUGCUGUUCCCUUGGUAAUUUCAAGCAAUAGUCAUCCAAGGUCCGGAAGAUCUGGUUCUCGGCACCGUUCUUCUCGCUCUCGGAUGAUCCCUGUUGCUGGAGCUGGUGAUGGCGCUGCUCCUGUUAAUGUUAUGCAUGAUGAGAGUGAUUCACAAAUUUCUAUUGGUCGCAUCCAGUCAGAGAUAGCUACUUCACUUGCAGCUGCAGCAGCUGCUGAAUUACCUUGCACUGUGAAACUCAGGAUUUGGCCUUAUGAUAUUAAGGUUCCAUGUGCAGCCCUUGAUGCUGAAAGAUGUCACUUAAUAAUACCUCAUGCCGUACUUUGCAGUGAAAUGGGAGCCCAUUUUUCACCAUGUGGGCGAUUUUUAGCAGCUUGUGUUGCAUGUAUUCUGCCGAACUUAGACUCUGAUCCUGGUUUUCAUGGUCAUCUUCAUCAUGAUACUAUGACAGCUUCGACUUCUCCAACCAGACAUCCAGUUGCUGCCCACCAGGUUAUGUAUGAGCUACGGAUAUAUUCCCUGGAGGAGGAAACGUUUGGUUCCGUACUUGCAGCUCGAGCAAUUAGAGCUGCUCAUUGUUUAACUUCAAUUCAGUUUUCUCCAACUUCAGAGCAUCUGUUACUUGCUUAUGGGCGUCGCCAUAGUUCACUACUGAAAAGUGUUGUGAUUGAUGGAGACACAACUAUACCCAUUUACACGAUUCUUGAGGUCUAUAGAGUUUCUGAUAUGGAACUUGUGAGAGUUCUUCCCAGCACGGAGGAUGAGGUCAAUGUCGCUUGUUUCCAUCCUUCGGUUGGUGGUGGCCUUGUCUAUGGAACCAAGGAAGGGAAGUUAAGGAUUCUCCAAUAUGACAAUUCGAACAGCCUGGGUCGCACAAUUCCCUGUUCUCCUGUCGAGAACAUGCUCGAGGUCCCAACGUAUGCUUUAGAAGGCUAGUAACUUGUGAUGAUAAGAAAAGGGUCUCGUAUCAUACUAGUCCGCUAUGGCCAGCGCCUGCAAAGAUGAGUGCUUUUGCCGAGGACAUUGAAACCUUGAACCUUAAUGCAGUACAGCUACAGCAGUAUAUUGAAGAGGUUUAUACUUGAGCUUGUCUAACUUAUAGUCACUACAGAUUUAAGACUUAUGGAACUUUCAGGGACCGAAAGAUUCACAGAACGUCUCGCCUUGGACUACUACCCACGUGACUGCACGAGUGCUCUAGAGUUCUGUUUGAUGGAAGGUAAGUGCUGGCGGAAUCGAGGGAUUGUUUCUACAAAUUUUCCUGCAGAUGACUUCAAAUGUACUAUAGGAGUUUGAUUUUUAUUUAUUGGAUUUCUUUCGGAAGGAAAAACAAAAAGGAAGAGAAAGAUCCCUAACACAUAUUUGAGUCUUGAAAUGCAAUAGUAAUUUCUAUGAUUUUCUGAUAUAUAUGGUAAGUUUCAGUCA